AUGGUUGCUCAGACUUCCACCGCUGGUCGCAAUGAGGAGAAAAUCGCUCUUCUUUGGCCAAUUCGCUCAAAGAUCUGCAUCCAGGAGCUCGAGAGGUCGCCGCCUCCGUCAAAGGUCACUGUCGCCGUCAGGGCUCGUCAAUCUUGCAAUUUGCCGUCGGAUCACCCUCAAAAAACCCUAAUUGUUCCUCCCCAAAUCGGACCCUGCCGCCUCUCCUGUCUCGUUUCAAAAAUCCUAAUACCCCCAUCAAAGGAAUGUGCUUCCCCUUCAACCUUACCAAGCUUUGCCCUCAACUCUAGGUCCAUCGUUUUCCCUAGAACUUCUGUGUUUAAAACCCAGGCGGUGAGAAUCAUUCGGAGCGCAAGUGAGGGGAGCACGACAGUUGCAGAUAAUGAUGCAAAUGCAGAUAGGCCAUGGAAAACAUCAGAUGCUAGACUUGUUCUUGAAGAUGGUUCCAUAUGGAGAGCCAAAUCAUUUGGUGCUUCCAGAACACAAGUCGGUGAAGUGGUGUUCAACACAUCUUUGACUGGGUAUCAAGAAAUUUUAACGGACCCCAGCUAUGCCGGUCAAUUUGUCUUAAUGACAAACACUCACAUUGGGAACACGGGUGUCAAUAUUGGUAUAUAAGUCAUAUUUUGUUGGGAAAAGGUUUGCUAAAAUGGAAAUUCAUACUGCUCGCUCCAUUUAAUAAUCAUCAACAAUUGAUGCCACUGACUAAUUCUGUUGGUUUCCAUGGUUUUGUUUGCCUAUCCCUUUAAUAUUAAGACGUUACUGCUUCAAUUAUCUAGCUUCUUUGAUUCUUUAGCAUGGCAGUUUAGAAUAAACUAAUAGUUUUCCCCUUU